AUUAUUAAUGAGGACGUUUUUAUUAUUUCCGUUAUUCCACUAUCCUCGAGUGCAAAUUUCUCCAUUGCAGAAAUUCAAACGAAAUCUGAGGAUCUUGGCCGUAUCAUUAAAUCUCCACUUCAAAUUGUUGGCUGGUAUCACUCCCACAAUGAACUUGGACUAACGUUAACGGAAGAAGAUGUAGAAUUUCAUUUAGCAUUUCAAGCUAGAUUCCCUAAUUCUAUCGCAUUUUUGACUCUCUUUGGAAAAACCUCAACUGACCCCAAGGUAAUGACAACUUCAUUUGGAGCUUUCCGUUGUGGAUUAAAUGAUCAGCCCGUUCAACUUCAAUGUGCUGUCAGACCACUUAAACAUAAUGCUUCAUCAGAUAAAUUCUACACCGCUUCGUGUAUAGCAUUUGAUGACAUUUUCGAAAUCGUUCGAGAAAAGCUGGCUUCUCUUGAUAUGACUGAAGUUAAUGAAUUAGACUUUGGACUCCUUCAGCCCUACUUGAAUUCAAUUGAGUUGAUGAUCACAUCCGCAGAAUAUCUUUGCUUGUAA